AGAUCACAUGACUGAGGUCACAUGACAGAGGUCACAUGACUGCAGUCACAGGACAUGAUACAAUGUAACACUCACUUCUCUCCGGACGCUGCAGACAUGACACACAGGAUCCUGCUGCCCCUGACACUUGGUGUUCUGCUGACUGUACCGACACAAGGAGUGUACCUGGAGCCAGACCAGAGUCUCAGGAUCCCAGAUGGAUGGACACGUACAGCGCGCCUCGCGGGGAGUGAUCCGGUCAUACUGACCUUUGCUCUGAAGCAGCAGAAUGUGGAUAAGCUACAAGAGUUGGUGGGAAGAGUCUCAGAUCCCGAAUCCUCGCAUUAUGGUCACUUCCUGUCCCUGGACGAGCUCCGUACCUUGGUGCAGCCAGCAGGGGACACCCUGAAGACAGUGAGGACCUGGCUGGAGAAACAUGGGGUGCGGGACUGUACCAGUGUCCUGACCGGAGACUUCCUGCAGUGUGAGACACAGGCCAGCACGGCAGAGAAACUGCUCCCUGGUGCUCAGUUCCAUCGUUAUGUGAAAGGAGAUAUGAGUGUGAUCCGAUCCAGCUCUCCGUACUCGCUGACCCCUGAGGUUGCCGCACAGAUCGACUUUGUGGGUGGGCUGCAUCGGUUUCCAGCUGAGAGGGAAGUCCUGAGAAGAUCAGAGAACAAUCGUAGCAGUGUAGGAGCAGAGUUCCACCUGGGGGUCACCCCGUCUGUGCUGCGUGAGAGAUAUAACCUGUCCGCCAGUGACAUCGGAGCUCACCCCAACAACAGCCAGGCCUGUGCCCAGUUUCUGGAGCAGUAUUUCCACCCUGCCGACCUCUCUGAGUUUAUGCAGCUGUUUGGAGGCAGCUUCCAGCACCGCUCAGAGGUGGAUCAGGUGAUCGGGCAGCAGGGCGGCGGCCGGGCGGGGCUGGAGGCCAGUUUGGAUGUGGAGUACCUCAUGAGCAUGGGAGCCAACAUUUCCACAUGGGUAUUUACUAACCCGGGACGCCACGAGUCCCAGGAACCAUUCCUAGAAUGGAUGUUGUUGCUGAGUAACAUGUCUUCGCUCCCGUGGGUACAUACCAUCAGCUAUGGUGAUGAUGAGGACAGUCUGUCUGUGGCUUUCAUGGAGAGAAUUAAUGUGGAGUUCAUGAAGGCAGCAGCCAGAGGUCUCACAAUCCUGUUUGCAUCAGGUGAUGACGGAGCUGGUUGCAGAACCGUUGGUAAAGAGAAAAAUGUCUUCCGGCCAAGCUUCCCAGCCUCCAGUCCUUAUGUCACCACAGUUGGCGGAACGUCCUUUAAGAACCCCUUUCAGGUGGUUUAUGAAGUGACCGAUUACAUCAGUGGGGGUGGAUUCAGCAAUGUCUUCCCCAUGCCAGACUACCAGGUAUCUGCAGUAUCAAAGUAUCUGAAGUCCAUGGAGAAGUUGCCACCAGACAGUUACUAUAACCACAGCGGACGAGCGUACCCUGAUGUGGCAGCCCUCUCUGACAACUACUGGGUUGUGACAGACCGAGUCCCUAUUCCAUGGGUGUCUGGCACCUCGGCUUCCACGCCCGUCUUCGGUGGAAUCCUCUCUCUAAUAAAUGACCAGCGUAUAAAAAGGGGCCUCUCUCCCUUGGGUUUUCUAAACCCAGCGUUGUACCGCCUGCAGGCUCCGGACGCUUUUUAUGAUGUCUGCCAGGGAUGUCACCUAUCCUGCAUUGAUGACCUUGUGUUAGGAGUUGGAUUCUGUGCAGCUCCAGGGUGGGACCCGGUGACUGGUUGGGGGACGCCUAACUUCCCUGCAUUACUGAAAGCCUUGCUACUCUGAUUCAUCUGCCUCUCUGCCCCGGCUGUGCCUCCAGUACCCGGCUGUGGCCUCCUCCGGGAAUUCAGACAGCACAUUGGACAACCACUGAUCAAUCUCUGCUUCCCUUCCUGCACAAUAACCCUCUGUCUGGUCCCAGCAGCUGCUGGAUGGUAUAUGUGUGUAUACAGAACAGGGCUGGCUGCGGGUGGUCAGACAAGGAAUAAGUCUGUAUAUACAUUGUGUGACCCCCGUAGUGAUUGAUUACCUCUUCCCUGCAUACACCUGUGGUUCUCCGCCCUCACCCCACCCAGUAUCUGAACCUCCUUGGCUGGCUGCUGUUACCCAGUCAGUGCACAUUUAAUCUCAGGGAGUGCAGAAAUGCACAAUAAGGAAAUAUUAGGGGGGUAUUCAGUAGUGAUGGGCAGUGGGGGGAUAGAGGAGAUGGGUAGAUUACUGAUGUGAGCAGUCGCUAGGAAUGACGUGAAGAAAUCAAUUUCCUUUAUUUGCUUUCUGAUUUUACCAUGAUUACAAUAAAUAGAUUUUCUAUGUUA